AGUUCAAAAGCACGUCAAAGUGCAAGUAGAUAAAUAGGUACCGCUCUGGCGGGAAGGUAAACAGCAUUUCCAUGCGCUGCUGCUCUGGUUCGCCAGAAACAGCUUAGUCAUGCUGGCCACAUGACCUGGAAGCUGUACGCUGGCUCCUUCGGCCAAUAAAGCAAGAUGAGUGCCGCAACCCCAGAGUCGGCCACGACUGGCCCUAAUGGUCAGGGGUCCCUUUACCUUUAACCUUUAAAGCCCUAUACGGCCUAGGACCCUUGUACCUACAGGACCAACCCUCCUGAAACGCAGACCUCCCAAGGAGCAUCCCUGGACAUGGCAGGCCUCCAGAACAGCCUGCUCAAGUCACUUCCUGGCCCAGCCAGGAGCCGUCCCAAGCGGCGUGCAUGGGAGAGGCCUGAGGACCGGGAGUGCCGCCUGCGAAGCCUGCAGGUUCGCGUCAAGGACCUGGGCUUGGGCUACAGCUCCGAGGAGACCAUCCUCUUCAAGUACUGCAGCGGCAGCUGCCCCAAGGCCCGCAGCAACCAUGACCUGACCCUCUCCGCUCUGCUGCAGAGGAGCGAGAUACCGGCUUUGGGGGACCCCUGCUGCCGCCCCACACACUAUGAGGAUGUGGCUUUUCUGGAUGACAGUCACCAGUGGCAGGAGGUGGAGCAGCUUUCGGCCGCUGCCUGCAGCUGUGUGGGCUGAUGGUGUUGUUGUUGUUUUUCUUGAGGGGGCGAGGGGAGGGAUAAACGAAUGCAGACAUGGGGCAGCAGCAGAGCCCACAGUAGAACAGGCCACCUUGCCCCACCAACGCAGUCCUUGGCUCAGAGAUGUGCUUUUAGCCACCAAUUAAUGUGCAACUAACAAAGACGCCCCAGCAAGGGGUGCCCAGGCCGCCAUGCUGCUCCCCAGUUCCAAGUGCAAAGCCAUUCCUCAUAACUCACAGCCGAGGGGAGCGGCCUAGGGAGUGCCACACCCAUCACCGGUCCCCUGCUCCUCCCUAGGACCACUUCACUUUACAAACAUGCGGUGUUUUGACUGGAUCCUUUCCGAAUUAGGUCUGAGAGGCUGGGGCAGCACUGUGAGGGCUGAGCAAGCGGAUAUAUUUAUGGGUUAUUUCUAAGUUAUUUAAUUUAUUUCUUCCCCUGAACAGGAGGAAGGCCUAGCAGUUGUGCUAGCCUUUGUCCAAACUGAGCUCCCCGUUACAAAAUAAUAAUGUAUAUGCUGAUUUCUCGUGUUAAGAGGCUUGAGGGUAUUAGUCCCAGACACGCAAUAAGAAUGACUGAGUUGUAAAUACUGGUGUCUAUACAAUAA